AUGGAGUCUGGGAUCUUUGUGGUCAUGGCUUUUGAUUGCUACAUGGCCAUCUGCAAUCCUCUCAGAUAUUCCACCCUCCUGACAAACUCCAUGGUUGCCAAGAUAGGCCUGGCCGUGGUGUUUCACGGUAGCAUCCUCAUACUACCCUAUCCCUUCCUGGUGAGUCAAUGGCCAUAUUGCAGAACCAACAUCAUCCCCCACAUGCAUUGCGAGCAUAUAGCCGUGGCGAAGCUGGCCUGCGCCGACACCCGCAUCAGUAGUUACUACGGUCUCUUUGUGGUAUUCUGUGAGAGGGGUCUGGAUAUGAUUUUUAUUGCUGUGUCCUAUACCCAGAUCCUCAAGGUCAUCAUCAGCCACCCCAUAAAGGACGCUCAGCUCAAGGAUUUGGGGACCUGCUGCUCCCACCUCUGUGUCAUCUUAGCCUUUUACAUCCCAGGUCUCUUCUCCUUCCUCACACACCGGUUUGGCCAUAAUGUGCCCCUGCAUUUCCAAGUUCUCAUUGCUAACGUGUACCUUCUGGUGUUCCCCAUGCUCAACCCCAUCAUCUACGGGGUGAGGACCAAACAGAUCCGGGACAGGCUGCUCCGGCUCUUUACUCAUAAAAGGACGUAA